AUGCUACGAAUUAUAAUAUUUCUUGUGAUAGCGACAUUCGCUAUAUGUGAACGUCAAACUCCUCCUUCAUAUCCAUUAUGGCCUGAUGGAUUCAAAACCGAAGCCAUAGUAACUGCUUUUGAUGAAGAUAAUCAGCCACAUGUUCAUCGUAGUCUUUUCUAUUAUGCAUAUACAAACGUAACGCCUAGUGGAAAAUGGCAUGGCCUAGAACGGCACGAUCAUUUUGGUUAUUGUUAUGGUUGGGCUGUGAAUCAAUCUAGUUGCACUAUUUUAAUUACUGAAAAUGUUUAUGUGGUUGCUAAUAAUCUUUGUUGUAUAGCUUUGCCAGGAAAUUUCGGUGUACCUCGAGAUUGGCUUAAAAGUGCCACUUGGCUUGGAAUAGAACAGAUACAUGGUAGAAAUGUUGAUCACUGGUAUGCUUGGGAACAUGAAUAUUGGAGUGAAGUUGAUGAACUUGGAAAUGGUGUACGCUAUUCGGGUCCUAACUUUAAAACACCUCGUCAAUUUACAGAUUAUGAUGCAUGGGAAAUUGCUCCACAAGAUCCUACACUUUUUGAUUUACCAAAAGAUACUGAUUGCAGCCAGCCAUGUUCAUAA